CUCAAUGAUCUCGCGGGGACAGAACCUCCAAACGGAGAGUCAAAGGGUUUGACUUUCCAGGCGAAGCGACGCGGUUCGCCGCCGGAGCUUUUACAGUCUUACCUCCGUUCAGCUUCGGAGCUUCGUUUCUUGCCGAAUUAAGGUCGAUCGAUAUCGAUCGAGCGAUGCUUCUGCGACAAGCAGCUAGUUUUCUACGACGAAUUCGUCCUCCUCCUUCCCGAUCACCAUCCACUGACCCAUUGGCUCUUCCAAUUCCAAAAUGUGGUAGGCCCCACGAGGGUUCGCAUAUGCUCCGAUUGGGUGGCGAUGCAGGGAGAAAGGAUCGUGAGGAGUUCUCCUGGUGGGUUGUUGUGGCUGCUCAAGCUGCAAUAAUUCUUGGGACAAGUUCAAAUCCGGCUGUUGCAGAUGGGGAGUCAAUCGAGUCAAACUCCAAAAAUAAUGCAGAAGCUGCUGAUAUUGUUGGACUUCGCAGGAUUGAGGACGGUUCAGUUGUAUCGAAUAUCCAUACAGCCAAGUGGAGAGUAUUCACUGAUAAUGGGAGAGAUUCAUUUCUUCAGGGUAAACUGGAGGAAGCUGAAAGAUUCUUCCUUUCUGCACUGCAAGAAGCUAAAGAAGGGUUUGGAGAGAGGGACCCACAUGUGGCAUCCUCAUGCAACAAUCUCGCAGAGCUUUAUAGAGUUAUGAAGGCAUUUGAUAAAGCUGAGCCACUGUACUUGGAGGCAGUCAAUGUUCUUGAAGAGUCAUUUGGUCCUCAGGAUAUACGAGUUGGAGUUGCCUUUCACAAUCUUGGCCAGUUUUAUCUUGCACAGCGUAAGUUAGAAGAAGCUCAAAUCCACUAUGAGAGAGCUCUGAAGAUAAAAGGGAGAGUCUUGGGAUAUGGUCAUCCAGAUUAUGCAGAUACCAUGUAUCAUCUGGCAAUGGUGCUACAUCUACAAGGAAAACAAAAGGAAUCUGAGGCUCUUAUCCUUGAUUCGAUCAGGAUUUUGGAGGAAGCUGGUCAAGGAGAAUCUAUGGUAUGUUUGAAGAGGUUGCGUCAUCUAGCUCAGAUAUAUUUAAAGUCCAGUCGUCUUGAGGAUGCUGAGAAUCUGCAGAGAAAGAUUCUUCAUAUGUUGGAGUUGUCCAAGGGAUGGCAUUCUGUAGAGACUGUCUUGGCUGCUGAAGGACUUGCCCUGACUCUACAGACAGCUGGAAAGUUGAGGGAAGCACAAGAACUUCUUGAAAGGUGUCUGGAAGCAAGGAAGACUUUGCUGAAAGAAAGCCACAUACAGGUUGCAGCCAACAUGAUUCGCUUGGCUAGGGUGGGAAUGCUAAUUUCCAAUCAGUUAAGGAAGAUAAAUCCAGCAGAAGCAAUUGUUGAGCUAGACAAGGCAAAAGGUUUCCUAGACAACUCGAUAAGAAUAGCGAGGGAAGUACUUAACAAAUCAGUGAAGCAGAGAGGUAGAUUGAGAAAUGGAAAUUUGGCAGAGAGUGGCAACAAUGGACGCAUAGCAAUGACCAUACUGCUGCAGUCGUUUGAUUCAUUAGGGCUCCUGGGCCUUGCCAAGCAAGAAUUGCAAGAGUCAAGGGAUGAGAACACUCAUCUUGUUGAAGCUGAAGACGCCCUUUUACAAUGCAUGUCUUCUUACAAAGAGUUCGUUCAUGAGAGGUCGGUCUCGGGUUUUGUUGAGGUAAAGGUUGAGUAUCUUUCAUGUUUAAAGCAUCUAGCAAGCUUAAUUGAGGAUAUCACUCGGGAAGGGAUGCAGCAUUCUCAAGAAGUCACUAUGCACGAGCUGAAACACGAAAUUAGUCAGGUUGAAAAGGAAAUUUCUCAAAUGAGGAGACAUAAGAAGUAGACUGGAGCUUCUUAAUGCCGGAUCUGGAGUUACUCUGUUGAAGAAUUAAGGCAAAACAGAACUUUCUUGUGCAGGUGUGUUCAGCACUAAUUUAUUUUAGGGAAAGGGAAUGCAGCUAGAUGGAUCAACGUCAAGAUGGAACUCUGCGGGUGAUCUGGUCCUGAUAAAGUCAUCACAACCAGUGAGCUUCCGUAAGAUUACUGAAGACAUUGCGGAACAAAGUGUUAUACAGUUAGGGAUAUCGUGCCGUGUUGUCUUGAUGAUCCUUACAUAUUUAUCGGAAAAGUUCAUCGACAUGCUCAGGCACGCAGGUGCUUGGAAGUUGUUUACAAGGUAGCACAUAGUGAUAUGUGGAGUCAUUGAGAUCCUAGAACGUUCAGGAAGUCUUGGAUUUCGUGUGCCUGCUAUUCAGGUGGCUUUUGGGAGGUUGUACAUCCUAGUUAAACAGAGGCAACAAGGUUUUGCAUCUAGUUGCUUGGCUUUUCAUUUUCCGCGUUGCAGAGAGUUUAGUUAGCAACUCAUUUCCUAGUUUCUCAACGUUCGGCAGUCUUCAAGUUGAUGAGGGAGUGUUGAAUGCCGACUUUUUGUCGUC